UGAUUGGAGGGAACUUCAGAAGGCCCAGUCGUCUGGUAAAAUCCUGGGGUCCACAGUAAUGAGUCAUCUUAGGAGCUUCAUAUCCUGUCCGAGAGUCUUGCAGUGUGUUUGAGUCUUGUUUGCAAAGUAAGGAAAUUACAGUACUUUCAUUUAGUUGGUGGAGAACAGGGUUAAAAAAGGCAAGCAUAGAAACCUAAAGGUAAAGCUGGGAGGCAGACAGUGUAGACCACCGGGUGCUGCCUAUUCUUCCAGCUCUGAUCUGCUGUUGUAAUGGGUCUAAUCAGGCCUAUGUCUGCCUUCUCCUUGAGCAGGCCAGUGAUCCCAUCUACACAGUCAUCCUACAGCAGCUCCCCACUCCAGGUUGCCCAGUGGGAGUUCCAGACCAGUGUUGUUUCCUGGGACAUUGACACAGUAGCCAAGUUUAUUGGUGCUGGGGCUGCCACAGUUAGUGUGGCUGGCUCAGGGGCUGGCACCAGAACGGCAUUUGGCAGUUUGAUCAUUGGCUGUGCCAGGAACCCGUCUCUGAAGCAGCAGCUCUUCUAUGCCAUUCUGGGCUUUGGUGUGUCUGAGGCCAUGGGGUUCUUCUGUCUGAUAGUCGCUUUCCUCAUCCUCUUCACCAUGUGAGGGUCCAUGGGGGCCACCUACCUGUCCCUGCUGCUUUGACUUCAGGCCCUGCCUGGUGCUAAAAGUGUGCUAAGCUUUACCAUUAAACAAAACAUUUCUCUUUAAAAAAAAAAAAAAAAAGACAAGAAUAAGCACAUGAAAGUGUUCAACACUGAUAUUUAGGGAAAUGCAAAUCAAAACCACAAUAAGAUACUACCUCACAUGCAUUAGAUGGCUACUGUUAAAAAAAAACACCAACCACAAAAUAAGAAGUAUUUGUGAGGAUAUGGAGAUAUUGGAGCCCUUACCCACUGCUGGUAGGAAUAUAAAAUGUUGAAGCUGUUAUGGAAAUCAGAAUGGCAUUUCCUCAAAAAACUAAAAAUAGAAUAUGGUCCAGCAAUUCCAAGUAUAUUCACAAAAGAAGUGAAAAUCGGGUCUCAAGUAUUUGUACACCCAUGUUCACAGUAGCAUUAUUCAUAAUAGUAAAAAAAUGGAGAUAUCCCAAAAGGACAAACAAAAUGUGGUGGACACACACAGGAAUAUUACUCAACCUUAAAAAGGAAGGAAAUUCUGACACAUGGGGCAACAUGGAUGAAUCCUGAGGAUAUUAUGGUAAUUGAAAUAAGCCAGUCCCCAAAAUACAAAUAUUGUAGGAUUCCACUUACAUGAGGUACUUAGAGUUGUCAAAUUCAUAGAGGCAGAAAGUAGAAGGGUUGGAUGCCAGUUGGUGAGGGGAGGGAAGAGUGGACAAUUGUUGAUUAAAGGGCAUAGAGUUUCAGUUUUGAAGGAUGAAAGGAGUUUUGGAUGUUGGUUGGACAACAAUGGGAUUAUGUUGUAUGUUUUUUUACAAUUAAAUUUGGCAAAGUAUCUUAUUUCCUAUUUCUUAAAGAGAUUGUUGGUGCUAAUAAAAUAUUUUCAGUUCCUAAGUUGGCUGACUUCUUAU